AUGUAUUUUGCACACAAGCUGUCUUCAUGCGGGUCCUUCUAUCUCUCUCUCCUGGCUUGUGAGGAGGUGGGCGGGGGCGAGCAGCGGGGGGGAUUUGUGGAGCAAUUGUUUGGCAGUGGUAUUUCAGGCACAUGGCCGGGCUCUUUGACAGACUCACAGGCUCUACCUUUCAGCUGCUCGGCCACUCCAGGAGACACAAAACGUAAACCAGGUUCAGCUAAUCAGCCGUCACGCAUUCCGACUGUCACACACGCAACCAUGGAGGAGGCUGACCUGCUGAAGGAGAGGCUCCAGGCAAUCACGGACAAAAGAAGAAUCCAGGAAGACAUCGCCAAGAAAAGGAGACAGAUAGAAGAAGAGAAACUGAAACUCCAGUACAUAAAGAAAAAAGCCCUGAGGGAGCAGUGGCUUAUGGAUGGUCUGAGUCAGGUAUCGGAGGAGGACCAGGAGGCCAUGAGGCUGCAGGCAGAAGGAGAGCAGCAGCAGAGUGAUGAGCUGCAGAGCAACAUCCUCAGCAUUUCUGCCAACGAAGAGGCCGUUUUGAAACGAUUAAAAGAAGUGGAGAGGACAGCUGAGGACAUCAUCAAGGACCUAAACGCACAGUUCCAGGCAGAUGUGACACAUCAUGCCCCAUCACCAUUCCCAGAUAUGCCAUUGUUCCUCCCAAAGGCCAAAGCAAAAGCCCGUCCAGUAUGUGAAUCUGGUAGUGAUGAAACAAAAAGAGCUACUUUUGCUAUUGAAAUCAGUGUGGAACAUGAUAAGAAAACGGGUAAAAAUCAGGUGUUGUCUACAACAACUAUAAGCCCAGAAACCAUGCAAGAGAGGGGUUUAAAGGUGUAUGAUGACGGGCGCAAAUCUGUGUACGCGCUGCAGUCAGGUGGGGAAAAAAUGCACGGCGGAGUGGUGGGAGAGAUGACUCCAACUGAAGUGGACCAGCUUCUGCAUCAGGCCACAGAAGAAAAGGUUCCCACCGAGGUGCAGUACCACCCCCCCGUGUACUCUGCUGCUUAUGCAGGAGGCAGCAAACCGUCCACACCCGGAACGCCAAAGGUAGCAGUGAGAGACAGUGGAAUCUCCCUUAAAAAUGGAUCCCAACUUCUCAAAAAAGAAAACAAGUGCAAUCAAGACCAGGAAGAACAAGUGGCCCAUAAGAUCCAAGCAAACCCCAAGAAUUCCACAGGUCCUAUUGCUCAGCCAAAUGUUAGUCCCAAAGCUCAACUCAAUAAUGGCAAAAUGGACGCCGGCGGGAAAAGUCCCGCGGCUCCCGUUGCGGUGACGGUCAGGUCUGACGGGAUGCCCGCCCCCGUGCAGACCCUUUACAGAGGUCUAAGGAGCCAUAGUCCCUCAACAGCCAACCCCAGACCUGGAGCUGACCUGGAGAGUUUGGGUACCGGCGACAGGCGCCAGGCCACCGGUGCAGAGCGUGGUGCUCCUCAGAAGCUUCCGGAAGAGCCGGAAUCAGAAUCCAUCACCAUGAUUUUUAUGGGCUAUGAGAAUGCUGUGGAUGAAGAUGAAGGCAUCCAAGCUGAACUGGUCAUUAUCGGCAACGGUGAGGACGAUGAUCAGAACGAAUGUGUCACACAGAAAAACGACAGCGAGGAAUAUCUUUCGUACCACCCAGAGGGAUACAGAAGCAAAGUGUUCCAGCCCAAAGUGGGAAUAGCCACGGUGACCAGUUGGGGAGACAUUAUUGAAGAUACCGCCACAGACUGGGAGGAUUUAGAGCUCCACAAGCCAACAUUCAUCCACAAACCAGGAAAGCCCAGCUCUUAUUUACCAGGGCAGGGAGCUGGUAGAGCCUCCAACACAGGCAGUAUUAAUUUAGAAAAGAGGACAUCCUCUUCAUCCGGGAGAUAAAAAACAUUUUCACUGUGAAAAAUGCAGGGGUGGAGAGAUUAUUGCUGCUUUUCCAUCUUCCGUUGGUGCUUUGGGCUUUGGGAUUAGAAUAGUUUUGUUGCCAUCUUCUGGCCAAUUACUUUCAUUACAUGACCUAAUUAAACUUAACAGGUUUUAUUUAUUUCUUUGUAAAUGCUUUGAAAGGUGCUCUUCAAAAUCAAAAAGUUUAAAUUAAUUGAAUUAGCUAUCAAUUAUCUCAAAAUGUCUAUUGAAAUACAGUUUUGAGAAAUUGUAACUUUGUAAAAAAUUCCAACAGUUCCUUGAUACAAUAUCAUACAACAGGGCUAAAAGCAUUAUUAAGAGACCUUUUCUUAAUUGCUAACUGUAGGUCUGUUUCCUCUUUUUUUCUUUUCUUAACUAGCUUAAGUGUCAGUAUACUUGCAGUCAUGCAUCAUAUGGAAUAAUCCUAAACUUACCUCAUAAGUAGUAACAAUUGUUCUUUUGUUAAAAAAAGACAAAACAGACCCACUGAGCAUGUCAUAGAAAGCCUCAGAGUUGUAGCACAGCUGCACAGACGGUAAUAUGUGUGUGAACACAACCUUCAGAACGUUUCAAAUGGCAAAUAUAUUUGAUGAUUUUUGUCAACUCCAUGCUUUGACAUGUGAGCGAGAAAGUGUUUUUUUAUUUAAAUGUAACUUUGUUACUAACAGUACUGUUGCUGAUUUGACAAUUAAAAAAAAUAAAUAAAUCAUCC